CAUUCGAAGAAGUGGAUCUCAGCUGUCCCUGCUCUCCGCACAUCCGCAUCUUCGCAUCUCCGCAUCUACGUGCCUCGCAUCCGCACUCGAAUUCGCAUCCGCAUAUCCGCGCGUCCACUUCUCUCUGCCUGCCGCGCGUUCCUCUGUGUGUGUGCGUGCCCGCGCGUGUGUGUGUGUACCGAUUGUACCGCAAAAUAGCAUGUGCAUAUGCCGCACGCAUGUGUAUGUAUGUGCAUGUGCGCCCAGUGAACGAGCAACUUUUUUAAUAUCGAGCGAAAUGCAACAAAAAUAGUCGCACGUCGGCAUGAAAACAACAGCAGAAACAAAUAGAAAUACCGCCGAGCAGUGAACGCAGCCGUCUGAAUUUAAUAACUCUUUGGAAAAGCUCAGAGAACCACAACGAAAACCUUUUUUUAAAUGGCCCGCCUGUGACAAAGUGAAAAGCAAUCGACGAAACAACGGCAAUAACCAAAAUACACUGCAACAAACACUGGCAACGUGCUGCUGAACCAGCAAAAACAAGAGAGCCACCAUCACAUCAUCGCACCAUCGGAACACAGAGCCAGCACAGACGACAUGGAGCACAUAAUGAAUCCGUUCAUGUCACCGGCUUAUCUGCUGGGCCAUGCCCCACAUCCCCACCAGCAUGUGCACUCCCAUGUGGGGCAAUCGCAUCCCAGCCAGCAGCCGCACGCCGCCUCCUCGCCAGCCAGCUCGCCCGGCGGCUCCAGUGGCUCCGGGUCGGGGGGAUCGGGCUCCGGAUCGAGCGCCUCGCUGAAGCCGCGGCGCUGGGGCUCGCCGCCCAUCAACCUGGCCGGCCAGUUCAUCAAUCCGGCGACGGGCAAGAAGCGGGUGCAGUGCUCCAUCUGCUUCAAGACCUUCUGCGACAAGGGCGCCCUCAAGAUCCACUUCUCGGCGGUGCAUCUGCGCGAGAUGCACAAGUGCACGGUCGAGGGCUGCAACAUGGUGUUCAGCUCGCGGCGCUCGAGGAAUCGCCACAGCGCCAACCCGAAUCCCAAGCUCCAUUCGCCGCACAUCCGGCGCAAGAUCUCGCCGCACGACGGCCGGACGGCCCAGCAGUUUCCGGUCUUCUCGCCGAGCACAGCAGCCGCGGCGGCCGCCGUCGCCGGGCGACUUCCGGUGGCCUUUCCCGGACUCCUGCCGCCGCCACCGCCGCAUCAUGGCCACCAUCCGUAUGUGAUGUUCGGCGGUCAGGCAGCGGGACUGCAUGGCCUGGGCCUGCUCUCCUCCUCCUCCUCGUCGGGCUGCCAGGACACGGACUCGGGUUCGGUGGACAACGAGCAGGAGGCCGAUCCCGAGGAUGAGGGUGACUUCGUGUACGUGGACAUGCAGGCGAACAGCUCCAGUCCGGCGGCCUCCAGCGAGGAUCACGAGGAGGACAACGAGCAUGAGCAUGAGCCAAACGAGGAUCAGGACGAGGAGAUGCACUGCAGCCUGAGCCUGGCCAGCAGUAGUAGCAUCACGGCCGCCGACGAGGAGCGGGCCGAUCAGCCCCUGGACUUUAGCCUGCACAAGCGGCGCAAGUCUGAGCAGGAUCGGGAGUCGGUGGAGAAGGAGCAGGAGCGCGAGCGGGAGGAGGAACAGGAUCUGGAGGAGGAAAGGGAGCGGCAACAGGAGCUGGAGCGCGAGAAGCGCUCGCCCAGUGAUGCCUUCUCCAUGGACCAGCUGCUGGGCAAGCGGAAGCGCCACGACAGCAACGCCUCCAGCUCUGCCGGCUCCACCACGGCAGCCACCACUUCCGCCGCCCCUGCCAGGUCCUCCUCCUCCCCCAACGCCAGCGUUACGCUGCCCCAGACGAGCAUCAAAAUGGAACUGGAUCUCGAGAGCGACAAUGCCUACAGCCGGCGGCCCAUGCUGCCGCUGCCCGUCCUGGAGCUCGACGAGCGGCACCACUUGCGUCUCCUGCAGACCCAGAUGUUUGCCGCCGCAGCCGCCGCGGCUGCCUCCAGCCAGGCGCCACCACCCACCGCCUUCCUGCCGGCCGGCUCGCCCGUCGACCUGGCCAAGGACUCGCCGCCCAUGUGGAGCCUGCUCUCCGAGGUGUACCGCUCCAUGCUGCUGAAGACGCAGCACCAGCAGUUCAGCCACCACCACCAGCAGCAGCUGCAGCAGCAGCAGCACCACCAGCAGGAGCAGCUCCACCACCACCUGACCCUCAGCCAUCACCACUUGAACCACCACCAGGAGCAGGCGCUCAACCACCAUUUGGGCCACCAUCAGCACCACCAGCAGCAGCCGCAGCAGCAGUCGCCGGCGGCCACGAACGCGCCGAUUUCGGUCUAAUCUCUGGGUGGCAGGUUCUAGAGAUUCCGGCGAUUGCUAGAUGAUUUCCUUAGUCAAAUUUGUUUUUUCUCUUUUUUUUUUUGUAUCUUAAGAGGAAUAUACGUGCGGGAUGGGGCUGCUAGAGGUAGGUGGUCAAGGCUGGACCAUUAAAUGGCUGGCACUCCUCCUCAGGCACUAACCUGCCACGCCCACCUGCCGCCUACGCCCGCCCCUCCCGACUGAAGAAAAAAGAAAACUGGAAUUGCUCCGAAACUAAGCUUUUUCUGCUCGUACAUGUGUUAUAUGGAUCUUUUUUUUUUGAACCUAUGUAUAAUGUAUAAUGUAUACCGUAGUGCGACAUCUAAGUGUAUAGUAUUCAAUCCGUUCCUCAGUGAGUGUAUGACGAGUGCUUGAGCGUGUGAGUGCGAGUGUGUAUGAGUGCGUUUGGGAUCGCGAGAUCCGCAUAGUCUGUCAUCUGAGACAAGCGGGCUGGGCAGUGCAGAAGCGGGGUUUUCAAGGAACGGAUGCGGUUUCCCUGCCCCCUCGACCGAUCGGUGUACAACGAAGUAUUUGAUAUUUAUAACGAAAUAUAUAUAUAUUAUGGAAUGCAUAUAUUAAAUAGUUCUAAGACAAUUUUUUUCGUAGCCAAUAAAACUAUGUAUUGUAUAACUUGGAUGUACUAACACAGCAAGCGAAUUCUAUUGAAACAUAUCCCCCGUGUGUUAAAAAGAACCUCCCCCCCACAACACACACACACAUAUAUCCAUGAAAAAGGUUGAUAGAACGAAAUGUUAUUGCUCUCGCAAGCGAAAAUUCCUCCCGAUGAUUGUGUACUGUAUUACAAGAAGAUUUUAAGUUUUUAUUAACAAAUAAACAACGGCAAAAACUGAA